AACUUUUGUCAAUAACACUUGGGUGAAGUUGAUCAAGCGAGUAAGUUCAUUUAUCGAUAUCUUUUGUCGAAUAAACUUUUAUUGUAUGUUGUUUGAAAAAAUUGAAAGACAGUCAUACCAUUGAUAAUGGCAUCUAGCAUACACUCCGCAGAGAAGCGAUUGUAUGAGAAGCUAGGGAUGGAGAAUCCAAACAAACCGAAGGUGUACACCAGCACGGUGAAAGAGGGGCCUACCAUCCACAAAGUCCGGGUCAUUGCACACGACGGCUCUAAAAAGAUACCACCGCCUGUAGCUGCUAAACCUAUAUUUUACAAGGCAUCUAUCCAGCAACAGAAAGUUCCAGAGAAGGCAAAACCAUCUUCUGCAUCCGUUGGCGCCGGAAACAGCCAGGCAAAGCUGGGGACAAAAAGUAUGGAGGAUGAAUUAGCUGACCUCACGGAUCUACUUGUGAAAAAUUUGGACAACACAUCAGAUCCUGAUUUUUACGGCAUCUGCUACAAAUGUCGCAAGAAUGUCUCUGGUGAAGGCAAUGGAUGUACUGCAAUGAGCAAUAUUUAUCACACUGACUGCUUUUUAUGCAAGACUUGUCAGACAAAGUUGACUGGCAAAGAAUUCUACUGUGUUGAAGAUGAACCAUAUUGUGAAACCUGCUAUUUUGAUAGUUUGGAAGAGUGUGUUACUUGUGCAAAGAAGAUUACAGAAAGGAUUCUUCGAGCCCAAGGUUUUUCAUAUCACCCAGAAUGCUUCACUUGUUCAGUUUGCUCAUCCAAUCUUGAUAAUGUGCCUUUCACUGUGGAUGCUACAAACCAAGUGCAUUGUGUGGAAUGCUACCAGUUAAAGUUUUCUCCUCGCUGUGCUGCUUGCCAAAAAUUGAUCCUACCUGAAAAUGAAAAGGGUGAAACAGUUCACAUUGUUUCUAUGCAAAAGAAUUUUCAUGUUGCCUGCUAUAAAUGCGAGGACUGUGGAAUUCUGUUAUCAAGUGAAACAGGUCAAGGCUGUUACCCUUUAGAUGGUCACCUUCUGUGCCAGUUAUGCAACGGUAAAAGAGUUCAACGAAUGACGUCAGACCUCACGCCAGAGCCAUCAACCGAACUUUGAUUAUUACUGUGUUACAGUAUAGCUACGUUGUAGGGCCAAGAGAUGGUAGUAGCCUUAGGACCGUUUAGACCAUGUGGAACAUUUCGGACAUCUUCUCAUAUGUAGCAAAAUUUCUCUCUUUAGAAGCAUCUAUGUAACUGUAAAGAUUCGUUACUUUCUGUCAAAUAAUUUAGUAUCUUUAGCUUGCUUGAAAACUGGGAUCAUUUUAAUGAUUUAAAAAUCGAUUAGUUUGUGAUUUGCUUUUGUUUUCAUUUAAAAGACCCAAAUUAACAAGAUCUAAACUUUUUAUGCACUUCUACCCCCCUGUCCCCUUUUUCUUCUCUCGUUUGCAGCCUCUGCUCAUGCUUCUUUCCUGGACAGACCAUACUAAGAUUCUGCAUCCCCUGCCCCCAUCUAAAUGUUGACAGGACAUUAUCUGUCAUUUGAAUGGAAUUUGUGAAGGGGGUUAGAUGUGCGACAGUAUAUGCAUGUUAGCUACUCUUAAUUGGACGUUCAUCGCAACAGCUAUGCCCAAGAGUGUAUGAAAUACAGAUGAAUGAAACUCUAUGUCCCUGCAAUUGCAUAAGUACAGUUCUGUGGUACAGUUGACAAUGCAACUUUAUUCAAAGCUGUCACAGCGUCUCAAAUGUCUUGCACAAUUAAUAUAAACUAAGCAAGCCGUAGUUCAAUAUUGACGUAAAGUUCAUAAUAAUUGAUACGAGAUUUUAUAUCGCUGAAAGUAAUUCAAUGAUGUGUAAAUCACACUGUAGUUUAUAGGUUAUUUUAGGUUUGUUUUUAGGUUAUAGGUUAUUUUAGGUUUAUAGUGUUUUUCAUCAUCACAUUUGUAUGC